CACUUUUCUCCCUCUCUCUUUCUCUUUCUUUUCUUUUUUUUUUUUUAACUUGUCAAACUUCGAAUUACACUUCUUUUUUUAUAUACAUAUAUACCCUAGACUUUAUUUCAUGGCAUCGUCCUAUUUUCUAACAAGUACUACCGAACAAAUAGAACUAAGACCUCGACAAGUGGAAGAUGGUAUACCUCGUCAUCAUAAAAGAACUAGCUCUUCAUCGUCAUUCGUUUACUUUAAAGCACCACCAUUACAUGCCGAUCCUAUUAUAGAAGAAACUUCUCUUCCUCAUGAAUUACAUCAUUUGGCCUCACAGGCAUUACCUUCUUUAUUAAUAUCAGUGAUUGGACUUGUUUUUGCAGGUUGGAUGAUGGAUAUAUUUCAGCAUUGGCAAGUAUUUAAUCAAAUCUCGGAACUCUUUAUUUUGGUACCUGUACUUCUGAAUCUAAAAGGCAAUCUGGAAAUGAACUUGGCAGCUCGAUUCUCGACUUCGGCGAAUCUAGGUGAUUUGGAUCAUCCACAAAAAAGAAAUGCUUUAAUAUGGGGAAACUUGGCUUUGAUUCAAGUUCAAGCCUUGAUUGCAGGUGCCAUUGCUGGAAUUUUUUCUUUUAUUUUGGGUAUAUUGGAACAUCCUACAGUACCUACUACUAUCUAUGAAAGUAUUCUUGUCAUUACAAGUUCCAUGAUUGCUGCCACUGCUUCUAGUUUUGUUCUUGGUGUAUUUAUGUGUAUUUUGAUCAUCAUCAGUCGAAAAAUGAAAAUUGAUCCAGAUAAUAUUGCUUGUCCAAUGGCAUCUUCAUUGGGUGAUGUGGUGACUUUGGGGAUAUUGGCUGCUUGUGCUCAUAUAUUGAUGAUCUACUUGGAUUCUCUUUUUGGAUUGACUUUAAUGAUUGGGAUGUUAAUGUCUAUUCCUUUCUUUGCUCGAUCUGUAUGGCAAAACAAACAUGUCAAAGAUUUAUUAUAUUCUGGUUGGUCUCCUAUUAUGCUUGCUAUGUUGAUUUCCAGUUGUGCUGGUUUAGUGUUGGAACGUUAUGUCGAAAAGUAUAAAGGAUUAGCCAUGCUGACACCAAUUGUAUGUGGAUUGACAGGAAAUUUGGGAUCUAUUUAUGCAUCAAGGAUAAGUACAAGUUUACAUAGUGGUACAGAACAGAAUCAACAAGUAGAAUGGAUUUUAUUACUGAUGAAUGUACCUGUACAAUUCCUCUUUUUAUGGGUCAUAUGGUUAUUUGAUUUGGGACAUUUGGAUUUCACUUUGUGGUUUGCCAUGACUUAUUUUGUUGUUGCCAUGAUAUGUACGAUGAUUGCUUUGAAGAUGGGAAAAUCCAUGACAUUAUUAUUUUGGAAACAAGGUUAUGAUCCUGAUAACUACGUUUUACCUUAUUUAACUGCAUUGAUCGAUGUUAUUUGUACCACUUUACUAGUUGCCUCUUUUUCCUUUUUGACAGUACAUGAUUUGGCAAACAUGGCGACGGCUUCAGCGGAAAUAUAAACUUCUUGAUGCUUCCCUACAAACACGUCCUUUGUUUUGUAUUUAUAUCUAUAUUAUUAUUAUUAUUA